AUGCAGACUGAAAGUAUGGCUGAGUACCAUGGCGAUAAUGUCGAAUCAGAUGCGAAGCGGAGGAAGAUCCGCAAAGGGACAAGGAGUUGCUGGGAGUGCAAAAAGCGCAAGAUGAAAUGUGUGUUUGCAGACUCCGGUUCGCCAGUUGACGUCGAGGCCAUCUGCAUUGGCUGCCAGCGACGCGGGACCAAAUGCGUCAGCCAGGAGUUUGAAUUCGUUGAAGGAACAAAAGAUUCUAGAAAGGGACGCCGGCGCAUGGGCAGUCAAGCUCGUGUUGCGAAAGUUGAGGCCUUAGUUGAGCAAUUGAUCAAGAAAGUGGGCAAUGGAGAAGCACGCGCAAUUGGCGAAACCUCUGCACCUCCUAAUGGAAUGCCUACCCCUACAUCAAUUGACUUGGACUCUUCACGCUUCCUGUCUUUGUAUAAGGCCUCUCAUGAUCAUGGCGCAGCAGAAACAGAGAUCAAAUACGAGAAGCUAUCUCGGAGUUUGCACGAGGCAUUGCCAUCAAGCAAAGUUAUCGAGAUGAUAUACAAAGCCCGUGGUAGAAAAUCUAUACUUUUCCAUGAGAUGCUGAGCACACCAUAUGCUGCUCUCGAGCAGAAUGGCCUCAAAUUGCCAGAGAGUUUGCUCGGAAUACCUGGCCCAACUUCACAUCCAGUGCUCAUCGCAAGAUACAUGCUAUAUAUUGCUACCUUUUUGCAGCAUCUUCAUCCUAAUAUUCUUGGGGUGAUGAACGGCCUAUCGGAAACACCGCAUGCACUAAUGAAACGAUUGGCGGAGACUGCCAAUACAUACGUCACAACGAACGAGGAGUUCUUUGGCAGCAUUGAGGCACUAGAAUGUAUUAUGAUGGAAAGCAUGUACCAGGCUAAUGGUGGGAAUCUGCGACGGAGCUGGAUGGCGAACCGGAGGGCUAUGGUUACUGCGCAAUUGAUGAACCUCCAUCGAGCUGACCGCCGGGCACAGUACAAAGUUCUUGACCACAAAACAAGAGCUGAUCCACAGUUCAUGUGGUUCCGAAUUGUCUUUCAUGACCGUCAUUUGUGUCUUAUGUUGGGGCUUACGCAGGGCUCUCUUGAUCGGAGUAUGGCCACUGGUACGGCAUUCAAAAAUGACUCCCCCAUGGGCCGUCUUGAGCGGAUGCACUGUACGCUCGCCUCUCAAAUCCUGGAGCGCAAUGAGUCUGAUCCAAGCUUUGAUAACUUCGCUCUGACACAAAAUCUCGAUAUGGAGCUACAGAAAGUGGGGAGAAGCCUGCCUAGCAAAUGGUGGCUGAUGCCAAAUCUAGACAGUGUUGCGGACAAUCCGCAGGAUCUCUUUUGGGACAUGGGACGGUUGUUUAAUCAGCUGUAUCAUUAUAACCUGCUCAACCAACUACAUUUACCCUACAUGCUUCGUUCUUCGCUAGAACGCAAGUACGAGUAUUCCAGGAUGACCUGCGUUAAUGCUUCGAGGGAGGUACUCUUACGCUUCAUCAUGUUCCGCAGCUACACCAGGACUGAUUUCUGCUGUCGGACAGUCGACUUCUUUGCACUCAUGGCCGCCAUUACACUGCUUCUGGCGCACCUGGAUAGCCACCGUUUCUCACAGACCAGCAACCUACUGGCCCACCAAUAUCUUAGUGACCGUGCAAUGAUAGAGCAAGCGCAGGUCAACAUGGAACAAAUAAGUCAAGUGAAUGGAGAUACCCUGAGUGUUCAAAGUGCGCACUUGCUGCAAAAGCUACUGGCUGUCGAAUCCGAAACAGCAAACGGUAUCAGUAUGGAGAGUGUCAGCGUGGAGUCGCCUGAAAGUGAGAUAUUACAGCCAAGCGAAAGUGAUGACGGCGUUUUGCGGGUGCAAAUACCUUACUUUGGGAUCCUUAGGAUUGCCCGCCAGGGCACUGUUUCGAAAGAGAUUCCUAGCUCACAAGAUUCAGUUAAUGGGCAAUCCUACACUCUGAUGACUGGAAUGCUUGAUACGGGGGGCACAGAGGCUGGAGCGCGGACUUUCAAUCAUGAUCACUCUAAUGAAGAUUGCUAUCCUGGAUCAAUUGCGGAGGGGGAUCUCGACUCUGUCGGUGGUGUUGACGGGCCACAUGAACAACAAUUCGCUCCACGAUACGCAGAUAACGUUUCUGAUACGCUUCUGCAGCAGUAUCAGGACCCUGGGCUUACGGCUGGAAUUGAUGAUUGGGCGUUCCAAGGUGUCGACAUGGCUUUCUUUGACAGCCUGAUGAAGGGCGUCGAUGACGGAAAUGGUUCAGAAACACAAGAACCUGGCUACUAACAUUGGAAAUUUGUUUCUAGAGCUGCACCACCUGUAGGAGCUCUGUAACAGUCAGUGGACUAGUAGUGGAAUCGAGUGAAUAUGAGACCCGUUGCGUGAAGUAUUAGGCCAGCUUCACUUAAUCAAUUUAAGAAGAUGCU